AUGCGCGUGCACACUCGUCGAAGGACGCGUAUCGGAGAAGCAGCAGCGGCGCUGGCCGAUGAUCACGGCGGAGAUAAAAAGGCAGCGGCGCAGACAACGCCGCGACCGAGUGCGACGCGGGACUGCGCAAUUGCCGCAGCCGAUCCUGGCCCGCGGUGGGAAGAGCUGAGCCGCCGCAACUUGUUGAGCGGCGGCGAUCCGCUCGGGGCGAGCCGCUGUCGCCGCCGCACGCUCCAGAUCUGCGCUCCUCGCGAGAUUGAGAGGAAAGGUCUGGCCCUAUUGGUACCCACGGAGCCCUGCGGCAAGACGCUGACUCGUAGCGGCCGCCUCACGUCGCCCGGAUACCCCAUGUCGUACCCACCGAACGUCCGCUGUUCGUACAUGCUGCGGCCACAGGGUCCCGGCGUAUGCGCCGUCGAGCUGAAGUUCGAGGAGCUGGACGUGGACGGCCACCUGCCUCUGUGCGACGCCGGCGAUGCGGUGCAGCUCAGCUCGACGGGCGAGCGUUUCUGCGGAGUCGAGCCACCGCCACCCAUCGUGAUCCCGGUCUCCGCCGACGGUCUUCGGAUGGAAUUCUACUCCAACGGUCAGGGAAGUGGUACAGGUUUCGCAUUACAACUGACCCAGAUCGAGAACUCUUGUCCAAAAAAAGGCUCCGCGUGCGGUGGCACCUUCGCCAAGGAGCGGUUCAGGCUGGAGGGCCCGUCGGCGGCAGGCGGCGCCUGCCUCUACCUGCUGCGCAAGUUCGACGAGGCCGUGUGCCAGGUGCAGGUGCGCUUCCAGCGCUUUUCCGUGGGACCCGGCGGUGAAUGCGACAAGGGGCCCCGCCUGCUGGUCGCGGGACGCAGCCUGUGCGGAUCCCGAGGCCCCGAUGCCGUAGAAACAUUCGACUUCCCGACACAGACACUGGCAUUUCUCUACCAACCAGGGGAUAAGCCGCAACAAGACAAGUUUGUGCUGGACAUUUUUCAAGAAAAGUGCGAUAGAUAGAGCGCCUUUCGUGAGCUGAAAUAAA